ACCAGCUCAGCAGCUCCUCUUUCGGGCUCUUCCUAUGUCUGAUUUUCCUGGUUGUUGGACACCAACUCAACUUGAUAUUGUUUUGUUUGCUCGAAUCACACUAAUUCACAACAAUCUCUAUUGAUAUCAGUCACAGACAUUUUUUGAGGCUGUACACUUCAGGGGUGGCGCUUUCCAAGCACCCUUCCUUGAAGCUGCAUCAUCGCUGCGUGUCGUCUCUCCGCACCAUCUCCUCCUAUCCGUCGACCGCGUUGAAAUGCUAAAAGACGUUUCGGAGUCUGACGGAAACAAAAAUGCAGUUAGAAGACUGGCUAGAUGACCUGUGUGUCCGAUUCAUUAUAAACCUGCCUCAUGAGGAGCUCGAGUCUGUCGAACGGAUAUGCUUUCAGGUGGAGGAAGCGCAAUGGUUCUACGAAGACUUCAUCCGGCCGUUGGAUCCGGCCCUCCCCUCCUUGUCCCUGAAAGCGUUCGCUCUCCGAAUCUUCCAACAUUGUCCACUCAUGUCACAAUGGUCCCACUACCAUCAUAUCACAGCGUUCUCGGAAUUCUUGGCGUACAAGACUCGUGUUCCUGUCCGAGGAGCGAUCAUGCUGAACGAAGAAAUGGAUGAGGUUGUUUUGGUCAAGGGCUGGAAGAAAGGUGCCAACUGGAGUUUUCCCAGAGGUAAAAUUAACAAGGAUGAGAAGGAUAUAGACUGCGCUAUUCGAGAAGUCUACGAGGAAACCGGGUUCGAUGUGGGCGAAGCUCAGCUGGUCAAAAACGAGAAGGAUGUCAAAUUCAUCGAGAUUACCAUGCGAGAGCAGCACAUGAGGCUGUAUGUAUUUCGUGGGGUACCGCGCGAUGCUUACUUUGAGCCUCGAACCAGGAAGGAAAUCAGCAAGAUUGAGUGGUAUAAGCUGUCGGAACUGCCCACACUGAAGAAGAGCAAACAACAUGAUCAAGGCUUCGCGGUUGCCAAUGCAAAUAAAUUCUACAUGGUCGCGCCUUUUAUGCACCCGCUCAAGAAAUGGAUUGCACACCAGAAGAAGAUCGACGCAAAGAAUCACGUCGGCCAUAGAGCAGCAGAGCUGAUGGACGAAGCUGCCCAGAUCGCCAGCACCAUUACUCCUGUACAGGCACCCGUUGGAAUGGCUGUUCCAAGUGAUUUGCCCGAAGUCGCACCUUCUGGAGAUGCGUCCGCUCAUCUCAAACGUCUCUUGAAUAUAAACAACGGGUCCAAUCAAUUCACUGUUCAGCCAUCAGACGAACCUACAGCUGAUCCCAAGUCUAAUGCUUUGUUGCAACUUUUGAGGGGUGGCUCGUCUGAAGAUCCUGCUAUGCGAACUCCAAUGAAUGACCGAACUGUUCCUCCCGAAGCACUAUCUCAGCGUUUCCCGCUCCCGGACGUCUUUCCUGAUCAUCCCCGACAGACACAGUACGCUGAGCAAUCUGUAUCUUUACCGCAGAAUUUGCCGCCACUGUUCCCUGGGAUGGUACCGCCCCAUCUACAGCAUGCUGUGAAUGUGCCAACUGCCAAUCAACCCUUCCCCCAGCGUCCGCUGGACCAUCAAUUCUCACCUACGACUCAUAUUGACCGUUCAACUGGAUUCCAAGGCUUUCCGCCUUUCUCUGCGCCACAACCUCCCGUACCAUCGUAUAGAGAGGAACCUCUGCACACUAUUCCUCCUCCACAGAGACCGGCAGCUGCUCCGUACCAGAAAACCGGUGAUCCUCAAUUUUCGCAUCCAGAUCAGCCCCCUCAGGUUAAGGGCGCAUCUAUACCGCCGGCAAGCAAGUUGCCGCCACCUAAGCUUACCAGUCAUUCUUUGGCGUUGCUGAAUGUAUUCAAAAAUGAAACUCCUACGACCCCCCAAACUUCGAGCGCAACUAUAGCUCUAGGAGCCGGACAAACCCCAGUUCAGGAACGCAAGCCGUCGCAACACCAAGACCAAUUGUUGAACUUGUUAAGGGGCUCUCCAGCUCCUGCUACUUCCGCGCCGGUGCCGGUAGAACUGGCCGCUGAUUCGACGCCACCAGCUAAAAAGCAAAACCUGCAGCGACCUAACCAGCGCUCUCCGAAUGCUGGAAAGGGCUUCAACAACGAAGGCCAAAUCUCGGCCACUGUAUCAGGGCCUUUGAAUAUGCCACAGUUUGAAAGGAUUGCGAAACCAGCGGCCAGGAGAAUACAGAACGGAACAAACCGGAAAGCUCACAAGGGCCGGCAGCCACAAACACAGCCUCUUUCUUCACCAGUUACUAUAUUAGCCAGGCCGCAAAGCGCAAAAAGAGACCAAUCCUCAACGCCACCCCCGGGCCCACGGGCAACUUCCCAGUCUCGUGCCAGCAAGGCAAAGCAAACCGAACCACAGAAGCCAUUUCAACCACAAAUCCUGCGUCGUACCGAAAAAACUGGAAGCGAAAUUGACAUACCCCUCCGGCCUAAAGCUGCCUCUGAAUCUGACCAACGCGAGCAAGGAAUGGAGCCUCCAAUCCAUGUCGACCGUCGACCAAGUCAGACGGCUGCGCAGCGGGAGACGCUUUUGUCGCUUUUUGGAAAGAAGUCGGAUGCUUCAGGCAGUCCAUCACCCGGACCGGUUAAUAUCCAAACUUCGGCUGCGAAGCCAUCGAGCUCAUCUGCUAUUAGUUCACUUUCGCCCAGCAUUGCUCCCUGUCUCGGGGCACCUGUCUCUCAGCAUGGUACGCCCGCAGAGAAUGAUAUGGAGACGCAAGCUUCCCAUCGUGUUUCUUCGCCAGAUAACAAAGCAUUUUUGCUUGGAUUUCUGGAAGGAGUUGCAAAGGGAAACAAAUAAUUUCAGACAUGUUAUAUACAGGUUUCCGAUCACUGCUCGCAUACAUUGAGCAGAGCUACUGAGCAAUUACAAAUUAAUUCAGUCUUUUCCUUAGAUUUUACUGCUGUAUAUAGAUAUUCAAACAACUACUCCGUACUGCUGGCUUGUCUGUAUCCGCGUACUGCUCCGAGG